AAGAAGGGCAAAAAAUAAACGUUCUCUCAAAACAAAACUCCUCAAAUUUUCUCUCCCUUUCCCAAACAGCCACUCUCAUGGCCUUCGAUCACCAAAACGGCGCCGCCGCGGCCUUGGACGUUUGCGGUGGCAACGGCAACGGCCACGUCCAAUGGGACCCACUUAACUGGGGGGCYGCGGCGGAGGCGAUGAAGGGCAGCCAUUUGGAUGAGGUAAAGCGGAUGGUGGAGGAGUAUCGGAAGCCACUCGUUCGGCUUGGUGGUGAGAGUCUAACGAUAGCACAAGUCGCUGCCAUUGCUAGUGGCACCAGCAGUAAUGUCACGGUGGAGUUGGCAGAGGAGAGUCGGGCUCAAGUCAAGGCCAGCAGCGAUUGGGUGAUGGAGAGUAUGAAUAAGGGUACGGAUAGUUACGGUGUCACAACUGGUUUUGGUGCAACGUCGCAUAGAAGAACAAAACAAGGUGGAGCCCUUCAAAGAGAACUUAUUAGGUUCUUGAAUGYUGGAAUCUUUGGCAAUGACACAGAAUGUUCCCAUAAAUUGUCAUCGUCAGCGACGAGAGCUGCCAUGUUGGUGAGGAUCAACACCCUUUUACAAGGUUAUUCUGGUAUUAGGUUCGAGAUCUUGGAAGCCAUAGCCAAGUUUCUAAACCAUAAUAUUACUCCAUGCUUGCCUCUGCGGGGCACCAUAACUGCUUCUGGUGAUUUGGUUCCUCUUUCAUAUAUUGCUGGGCUUUUGAUCGGUAGACCCAAUUCCAAGGYUGUUGGGCCAAAUGGAGAGUUUAUUAACUCAUCUGAGGCGUUUCAAUUAGCUGAGAUUGAUAGUGGGUUUUUUGAGUUGCAACCCAAAGAGGGUCUUGCUCUAGUGAAUGGCACUGCUGUUGGAUCUGGUUUGGCUUCUAUGGUGCUUUUUGAAGCCAACAUUUUAGCAGUUUUUUCUGAAAUCUUGUCGGCAAUCUUUGCUGAAGUUAUGCAAGGAAAACCUGAAUUUACCGAUCACUUGACACAUAAAUUAAAGCAUCAUCCUGGCCAGAUUGAAGCAGCAGCUAUAAUGGAGCAUAUAUUGGAUGGAAGCUCUUAUGUAAAAUCGRCUAAAAAAUUGCAUGAGAUUGAUCCUUUGCAAAAGCCUAAACAAGAUAGGUAUGCUCUUAGAACAUCUCCACAGUGGCUUGGGCCACAAAUUGAAGUCAUUCGGGCCGCAACGAAGAYGAUUGAGAGGGAAAUAAACUCGGUGAAUGACAACCCCUUGAUUGAUGUUUCGAGAAACAAGGCUUUACACGGAGGAAAUUUUCAAGGCACACCAAUUGGUGUCUCUAUGGAUAACACUAGACUAGCCAUUGCUUCCAUUGGCAAGCUUAUGUUUGCUCAAUUUUCAGAGCUUGUCAACGAUUUUUAUAACAAUGGGUUGCCUUCCAAUCUUUCUGCAAGCCGCAAUCCCAGUUUGGAUUAUGGUUUCAAAGGAGCUGAAAUUGCUAUGGCAUCGUACUGCUCAGAACUGCAAUUCUUAGCCAAUCCAGUCACCAACCAUGUCCAGAGUGCAGAGCAACACAAUCAAGAUGUGAACUCUUUAGGGUUGAUUUCCUCAAGAAAAACAGAAGAGGCAGUUGAGAUAUUAAAGUUGAUGUCUACUACUUUCUUGGUAGCCCUCUGUCAAGCUAUUGAUUUGAGGCACUUAGAGGAGAAUUUGAAGAGUACAGUGAAGAACACAAUUAGUCAAGUGGCCAAGAAAGUACUACUCAUGGACUAUAAUGGAGAGCUUCACCCAAUUCGAUUCAGUGAAAAARAUUUGCUUCAAGUGGUCGAUAGAGAGCAUGUUUUCACCUACAUUGAUGACCCUUGCAGUGCUACCUAUCCAUUGAUGCAAAAGYUAAGACAAGUCCUAGUAGAGCAUGCUUUAAACAAUGGUGAGAGAGAGGAAAACCCCGGGAGUUCAAUUUUCCACAAGAUAGGGACAUUUGAGGAAGAAUUGAAGACCCUCCUACCAAAAGAAGUAGAAAAUUCAAGAAUUGAAUUUGAGAGUGAAAAUUCAACGAUUCCAAACCAAAUCAAACAAUGCAGGUCCUACCCAUUAUACAAAUUUGUUAGGGAAACAUUGGGGACCAGUUUAUUAACAGGUGAGAGAGUCAAAUCCCCCGGUGAAGAAUUCGAUAAGGUUUUCUCAGCCAUUUGUGCUGGAAAGUUGAUUGAUCCAAUGUUAGAAUGCUUGAAAGGAUGGAACGGUGCUCCCCUCCCUAUUAACUAAGGAGGUUUUAUUUGAUGAUAAAAGGUUUAUUUGUUUCUCUCUUUUUGGCUUGUUUUCAUGUCUCGAAAGUUUGGUCUUAUACAUAUACAGAAACAUCCAAAUUUACUCUU